AUGCCAAGACUUCCUGACUGCGAGUUACUUUACCUUUCUGUUAGACCAGAGAAUCUCAUCUUGACAAACAUUUCUGUGCCACCUAUAGCUAUUCGUCCUUCUGUUAUCAUGGAUGGAUCACAAAGCAAUGAAAAUGAUCUAACUGAGAGGUUGAAGCAAAUAAUUCAAGUGAAUGCUACGCUUCGGCAGGAUUUAUCAGAAGGAAGUGCUGCAGCUAAGUUUCUGGAAAACUGGGAUGCUCUUCAAGCUCAUGUUGCACUGUAUAUAAAUAGCGAUGUUCGUGGUAUUCCGCCUCCCAAGCCAGGUGAAAAGCAAUAUAGUGGUUUUAUCCAACGUCUCAAAGGGAAGCAGGGAAGAUUUCGUGGAAAUUUAUCAGGGAAACGUGUAGAAUAUACUGGUAGAACGGUUAUAUCUCCUGAUCCGAAUCUGAAAAUUACUGAGGUUGCAAUUCCCAUACGAAUGGCUCGGAUUUUAACUUAUCCUGAACGUGUGUCUCAUCACAAUAUAGAGAAGUUGAGGCAGUGUGUCAGUAAUGGCCCUGAUAAAUAUCCUGGUGCAAGGAUGCUCAGACGUGCUGAUGGUUCUACAUGGUCUAUCAGAGUUUCCAGAAAGCGGUUAGCAGAUGAAUUGAAAUAUGGUGAUAUAGUGGAACGUCACUUAGAGGAUGGGGACAUUGUUCUUUUCAACAGACAACCUAGCUUGCAUCGGAUGUCUAUCAUGUGUCAUAGGGCAAGAGUUAUGCCUUGGAGAACACUUAGGUUUAAUGAGUCUGUAUGCAAUCCGUAUAAUGCUGAUUUUGAUGGUGAUGAAAUGAAUAUGCAUGUCCCACAAACAGAGGAGGCUCGAACAGAGGCAAUUUUGUUGAUGGGGGUCCAAAACAAUCUAUGUACACCAAAAAAUGGAGAGAUUUUGGUUGCUUCUACCCAAGAUUUUCUCACGUCUUCUUUUUUGAUUACACGGAAGGACACAUUUUAUGACCGUGCAGCUUUUUCUCUCAUGUGUUCAUACAUGGGGGACGCCAUGGAACAUAACGAUUUGCCAACACCUGCUGUGAUUAAGCCAGUUGAGCUUUGGACUGGAAAACAAUUAUUUAGUGUCCUAGUGCGUCCAAAUGCAAAUGUGAGGGUCUUUUUGAAUCUUACUGUUAGAGAGAAAAACUACUCCAAUAAACUUCAAGAAAAUGAAAGAGAAUUCGAGACAAUGUGUCCGGCUGAUGGGUUUGUCUGUUUCCGUAACAGUGAAUUGAUAUCUGGGCAACUUGGGAAGGGAACUUUAGGAAAUGGCAAUAAGGAUGGACUUUACUCUAUUCUUCUCAGAGAUUACAAAGCUCAUGCUGCUGCUGCUUGUAUGAAUCGCCUAGCUAAAUUAAGUGCCCGAUGGAUUGGUAAUCAUGGGUUCUCAAUUGGGAUUGAUGAUGUUCAGCCAAGUGACAAAUUGCGAGAUGAGAAAGAUCAGAAAAUUAACGAAGGUGCUAAAGACUGUGAUGAUAAAAUAAAGUCAUAUAAAGAAGGAAAUCUACCACCUGAACCUGGUUGUGAUGCUGCUCAAUCACUGGAGGCAGUGAUAACUGGGAUAUUAAAUAAGAUUCGGGAAGAGACUGGGAAGUUGUGCAUGAAAGCUCUGCCUUGGAGAAAUAGUCCGUUGAUCAUGUCCCAGUGUGGUUCCAAAGGAUCUCUUAUUAAUAUCAGCCAGAUGGUUGCCUGUGUUGGUCAGCAAUCAGUUGGUGGUCGUCGUGCUCCCAAUGGAUUCAUAGAUCGUAGUCUUCCUCACUUUCCCAGGAAAGAUAAAACCCCUGCAGCUAAAGGGUUUGUUAGUCAUUCCUUUUAUGAUGGCUUAUCAGCUACCGAGUUCUUUUUCCACACUAUGGGAGGACGAGAAGGUCUUGUUGAUACUGCGGUGAAAACAGCUGACACAGGGUACAUGUCCCGUAGAUUGAUAAAAGCUUUAGAGGACUUGUUUGUCCAUUAUGAUAACACAGUACGGAAUGCAAGUGCAUGUAUAAUUCAGUUCUGUUAUGGGGAUGACGGCAUGGAUCCUGCUCAUAUGGAAGGAAAAAAUGGAGCUCCAUUAAAUUUUGAACGUCUGUUUUUGAAAGCCAAGGCCACGUGCCCUGCUGGCGGAACUGAAAAGCUGUCUCCUGAAAAGGUGUCUGAACUAGUUGAAAGCAGGCUUUCUAAAAAAGAUAUGACUCCCGAGGGAGGUUGUUCAGCUGCAUUCAAAAAUUCUCUGAAAUCUUUUCUUGAUAACUAUGUAAAAGCAUUCAAAAGAACAUGGGAUCCAUGUGAAUCUACUGAAGGUCAUGCUAAGAUGGAAAAUUCUGCAACUACAAAAAAUAUUGUCCUGCAGUUAUCUGGAGCGACUGCUAGACAACUAGAGGUUUUUUUGGAUACUUGUAUCUCACGUUAUCAUUCCAAAAAAAUCGAAGCCGGAACUGCAAUUGGAGCAAUUGGAGCUCAAAGUAUUGGAGAGCCUGGAACUCAGAUGACAUUGAAAACUUUUCACUUUGCUGGGGUUGCAAGCAUGAAUGUUACACUUGGAGUUCCUCGUAUCAAAGAAAUAAUUAAUGGAGCAAAAAAGAUUAGCACGCCCAUUAUCACUGCAAUACUUGAGUGCGACAAUAAUGUAAAUUUUGCACGAAUCGUAAGAGGCCGCAUUGAGAAAAUAAGUUUAGGCCAGGUUGCUAAGAGUAUAAAGACCGUAAUGACUUCAAGAGUAGCAUCAGUAGUGAUCACACUUGACAUGGAGAGGAUUCAAGAUGCACUAUUGUCUAUAGAUGCUAAUGUUGUCCGAGAUUCAAUAUUACAAACCCCAAGAAUCAAAUUGAAGAAAGAGCAUAUUAGGGUUUUGGAUUUUAAGAAGUUGGAAAUCCUUCCGUACGAGUCAAAUAGAAGCAAACUAUAUCAUCAUCUCCAGUUUCUUGCGAAGAUGCUUCAGAAUAUUCUUGUAAAGGGAAUAAAAACUGUUGAGCGUGCUGUCAUAAGUAGCGAAAAAGAUAAAAAAACAGACAUCAGCAAAAAGUACAAAUUGCUGGUGGAAGGAACGGGCCUUCUAGGAGUUAUGGGCACUGAAGGAGUAGAUGGGCGUAAUACCAAAACUAAUCACAUCAUUGAAGUGCAGCAGACACUUGGAAUUGAAGCAGCAAGAACCUGCAUUAUCGAUGAAAUAGAGUAUACUAUGAAAAGUCACGGAAUGAGCAUAGAUACUCGGCACAUGAUGCUUUUAGCAGAUGUGAUGACAUCUAGGGGCGAAGUCCUUGGAAUCACGAGAUUUGGAAUUCAAAAAAUGGACAAGAGUGUAUUGAUGUUGGCUUCGUUUGAGAAGACAGCAGAUCACCUAUUCAAUGCUUCUGUAAAUGGAAGAGAAGACAAGAUUGAAGGAGUGAGUGAAUGCAUAAUCAUGGGUAUACCGAUGCAGAUCGGCACUGGAAUGAUCAAAGUUAGACAAAGAGUUGACGUGCCUCCGAUGCUAUCUUAUGGGCCAAAGCCGAUUUUAUCUUCUUAACUUCAAGUGGAAAUUUAUGAAUUUAUCCCAGUUCUGGAAUUGAUCUCAUGUUUGAGAAUAGGUGCGGGAAAAAAAAAAAAAAAAGGGAAACUAUUCUCAUUCUCUAGCCAUUCCAGGAUGGUCUGUAUAUAGAUUCCAGAUUUAGUUCAGCUCCUUCUCCGAGUACCUCCAUGCAGAGAUGGGUUUUGGCAUUCUGAUGCUGCGGGUUAAUUCCUUUCAUAUCGAAGAGGAAAAUGAUUUUACUUGCAACUUUUAC